UACUAGUCAGGUUCAUUAACGCUGAGCCUCGACAGGAACUCCAGGACCCUUAUGUCUUUGUGCAAACAGGAACAACUUAUUUCAGUACACUGAGGACAGCAAUAAACUCUGAUUCUGAAAAUCUGAAAAAAUUAAGGAAGAAUUCAUCUCAUUUAAUGUUCGAUGCUGAACAGAUGGUGCUGAAGAGGGUGUGUCUUCUAACCCGACUCUCGGGCUUCCUUUGGUGUGUCAGGACCUCCAUUGAGUGACAUUGUAAAGGACCUUUUCCCAUCCUGGACCAGAAAUGUGAUAGGCAGUGGGUUCUGGUUCACAGGUUAGAAAUUUCCAGGGCAGUGGCUCCACUUUAGGGGCCUGCAUGUCCUGCCUGUUCCAGGCAGCCCAUCAGGACCAGCCUCUAGCUGUGGGUGCAGGAGCCAGGGACCUGCGGGGAGGAACAGCCCUGGGAAUGCGGGGCACUUGGCCACUAGUCCUGCCCGGGAAGCCCCUCAUCCUGAGGGGUCGUGCUCUGCAUAAGUAAGCCCUCUUCAGUCCAAAACGCCAAGGUGAUCGCCUCGAAGUUCAGCCCACGGUGGCUCUUUUGUCUUGGAAUCAUCAGCAGCCAUCCUGCUACGUGCUGCUUUGUCUGUGUGGCUUAAAUGACAGUGAAGACAGCUUGGCUCUGGACAAAAACCCCCUCUCAGAUAUGAAGAAAUUAUGUCCCUAAUGAGGAUGGAGAAAAUCCCCGCAUGAGAGCCAGACCUUCCUCAGAUGCCUCCUUCCUCACUUCAGGACCUCUGGGCACAGCCUCGGUCUUUUUUGUUUUAAUGAACCCAGUGAACCAGCCUCUACCUUUCAAAGGAAUCCGAGGGAGUCUUUCCUGCCAAGUCUCCACCGAGUCUCUGUGACACUCGAGAACGUGGGCCAGGCUCCUGUGUAGGUUAAGGAAGUCCGAGAAGAAUAAAGAUUAUAGGCAAACAGUCUACCUUUCUUUACAAGGUCUUGUUUUGCAUCCCUGAAAUCUCAGAUUCAGCUAUUACAAUGAGGUCCUGUUGUAGAAAGAGCUGGCCUUUUAUCACCACUUAAAAUCUAAUUAAUCCAUAUUGAAGCACAAAGAUUUCUGUUGUAUUUUAGGGUGAGGGGUCAUAGAGCCCUCUUUGUUCAUCCUUUGACUUAUACUCAUCAGGCAUUGGGGAUAUAAUUUUACCAAGCAAAUUGGAAGGUAACAGAUCAAAUCCUUAUCAGAAAGCCUAACUCAUAGUUUUAACAGAGUCCUUCGUCCUUUACAUGAAACAUUAUAUUCAAGAAGAACAAAAACGCAUUUCAGGGUGCCCAAAGAGUUAACAGCCCACGCUUAUAUUCCCAGGCAGCAUAGAACCAAGAUCGUCACAGUCCUGGCCACUACGAGAGAGCAGCUCCUAUAGGGGUGGCAGGAACCCUAAGAGGUUUUGCAAUGGCUUUAGUCUUUAGAGUAGUGAUGCAAUUCGUUGGAAUUUCCCUAUCUUUGCUGGGAUGGGUUUUGUCUAUUAUUACAACUUACUUGCCACAAUGGAAGAACCUCAACCUGGACUUAAAUGAGAUGGAAAACUGGACCAUGGGACUCUGGCAAACCUGCGUCAUCCAAGAGGAAGUGGGCUGGCAAUGUAAGGACUUUGAUUCUUUUCUGGCUUUGCCGGCCGAGCUCAGGAUCUCCAGGGUUUUAAUGUUCCUGUCAAAUGGGCUGGGAUUCCUGGGCCUGCUGGUCUCGGGGCUCGGCCUGGACUGCUUGAGAAUUGGAGAGACACAGCAGGACGUCAAGAAGCGGCUGCUGAUCCUGGGAGGAGUUCUGUCCUGGACAGCAGGCAUCGCAGCCCUGGUUCCUGUCUCUUGGGUUGCCCACGUGACAGUCCAGGAGUUCUGGGAUGAGACCCUCCCAGAGGUUGUGCCCAGGUGGGAGUUUGGGGACGCCCUCUUUAUCGGCUGGUUUGCUGGCUUUUUUCUCCUGCUAGGAGGGUGUCUGCUGAGCUGGGCAGCCUGCGGGACCCGGGCUCCCCUCGCUUCUGGCCACUAUGCAGUGGCAGAAAUGCAAACUCAGUGUUCAUGCCUGGAAAAUGGAACUGCCAAUCCUCAAGUGGAAGACUUCGACAGGACCAGAGAGCAGUAUCUUCCUACAACCGUGCUGGAGGGAUCUACAUGAUCAAGGGGCCUUAGUUAUAUCAACAAAUAUGUGCUGCUCCCAUUUUCUCAUUCAGUAACUACUUUUCUGUCCUAGAUAACCCGGCCCUGCAAAAUCUGGAGGAGAAAGAGGCAAAUCUAUGUAAAAGAAAAUUAUAGUGGUGAACAGAUUACAUAGGUAGGAACCAAAAAUAUUUCACUCAUCUGGUUAUUCAAAUCCAGAUGUGGUGGCGGUUGUCCAAGGUAGUCAGUGUUAAGCUUUAAUGUGUUCAUUGGAUACUAGAAACAUUCUUUUGCAUUGGUGGUAGCUGAAAUUGAUAAUAAUUAAUUCCUGUUUCCUACAGGAAAAAAUCCUAACAAUCUGAGCUCCUUUAAGCAUUCUACAUCAGCAAUACCACAGACUAAGUGUAUUUCCACAAUGAUUUGGUCUUUUUUUGAACAGAAGUGGUUGCAUGUUUAGGAAAUUACAAGAACACUGUGUGGCAGGGCUUGAUGAGGCUGGCAGUUUUCAGUACAUCACGAUACUCCCAGAU